GAAGACUUUCACUGCCAGUACCAACUGGCUGUUGUGGGUUUUCUGGGCUGUGUGGCCGUGGUCUGGUGGUUUUAGGUCCUAACGUUUCUCCGACAUCUGUGACCAGCAUCUUCAGACCACAGCCACACAGCCUGGAGAAACCACAACAGCCAGAUAUCAGCUCAUCCUUGCAGAUUUUCGUUUUCAGAAAGUUUUAUUUAAACUGCAAUGACAUGAUAAAUCUUGAGAACUUUCUGUUAAUAUCUGGCUCCACAUUUCACAUAGAGCAGCUUCUCCUAGAUCUUUUCCUGUCUGUUUUGGAAACUGUUUGUUUAUUGAAUCGAUGCUGGGAAGAACAUUGACUAUCCUGGCAAUCAAACGACUCUCCUCUCUUUCUAAACGCACUCUCCGCCUCGGCUCAGAGCAUGACAGAGCGGGCAGCCAGAAGAGCAAGAAGAAAGGCCCGACAUUUGCAGAUCUGGAAAUCCUGUACUGGAAACACGUGAAGGAACGCCUGGCUGCCCAGAGGAGGUUGCAGAAGCGGAUGCAAAGUUUGCUGCUGGACCCGGCACACGAGCAGCUGCCCCUUGAGGAGGGGGAGGAGCCGGACCCCCCUGAGGAAGAGCGGGAGGAGGGCAUCUUGGACAACGUCGUUGGUGACGAAGGAGAAGAUGAUUUUGUGGGAGCACGAUGA